CAGGAGCAGAGUUAACUGAACUGAGCGUCUGGAGGGAGACAUUCACAAUGAAGCUUCUUCUACUGAUUUUGUUCCUGCAGGUUGCUGCCUCUGGAGCUGCUCCUCUUGCUAGUGUGGAGGAGCAGGUGGUGGCAUUUGCUAAAAAAUACUUGAUAGACUUUUAUAGCUACAAGAUAGAGGACAUUCCAACAACAAAAAUGGAAAUCAGUAGAAACUUCCUAGAGGAAAAAAUCCAGGAAAUGCAGAAGUUCUUUGGGCUGAAAGUGACAGGGCAACUGGACUCAGCUACUCUGGAAAUGAUGCAUACACCUCGAUGUGGAGUGCCUGACGUUUACGAUUUCAGAACGCUGCCACGCCGGCCAGUAUGGAACAAACACCAUCUCACCUACAGAAUACAUAACUACACCCCUGACCUGAAGAAUGAGGAUGUUGAUUAUGCCAUUGAGAAAGCUUUUCAAGUGUGGAGUGAUGUGACACCCUUGAAAUUCAAAAAGACAUAUGCAGGCGACGCUGACAUUGUGAUACUUUUUGCACACAGGGAACAUGGUGACUUCAGUUCUUUUGAUGGGAGAGGUGGGAUCUUGGCUCACGCUUAUGGACCAGGCUCUGGUAUUGGAGGAGAUGCACAUUUUGAUGAGGCAGAAAUAUGGAGUGACAACUUCAAAGGCACAAACUUGUUCCUUGUUGCUGUUCACGAGCUUGGUCAUUCCCUGGGACUCGACCAUUCCAAUGACCCAGAGGCAAUAAUGUUUCCUACCUACAGUUACCGUGACCCUAAGACAUUUCGCCUCUCUGCUGAUGAUAAACGUGGCAUACAGUCCCUCUACGGAGUUCCACUGACGUACCAACCCAAGCCAAGCCCUGAAAGUCAAGUACCAGAUGCCUGUGACCCCAACUUGAGUUUUGAUGCUGUCACUACAAUGGGAGAUAAAAUCCUUUUCUUUAAAGACUGGUUCUUCUGGUGGAAGCGUCCUGAGCGAUCAGCCACUGGUGUUAGUUCAAUUCAUUCCAUGUGGCCGUCCUUGCCAGCCGGCAUUCAAGCUGCUUAUGAAAUUAAAGCCCAAAACCAGAUUUUUCUUUUUAAAGAUGACAAGUUCUGGUUAAUAAACAAUUUAAGACCACAGCUAAACUAUCCCAAGAGUAUAUAUUCUCUGGGCUUUCCCAAUUCUGUGAAAAAAAUUGAUGCAGCUCUCUUCAACCCACUUUACUAUAAAGUCUACUUCUUUGUGGGUAACCAGUAUUGGAGGUAUGAUGUGCGUAGACAGCUCAUGGACCCCACUUAUCCCAAGUUAAUUAGCAAAUACUUCCCCGGGAUCAAAAAUGAGAUUGAUGCAGUCUUCUAUUUCAAAAGACACUACUAUUUCUUCCAAGGACCUAAUCAAUUUGAAUAUGAUGUCCAACUGCAUCGAAUCACCAAAAGGCUGAAAAGCAAUAGCUGGUUUGGAUGUUAGGAAUGAUGUUUGUCAACUUAACUUCAGUUUAACAAGUAUUUAUUGCAUAUUUACAAUGUGCUCAGGGUACCUAUUGCAUUAUUAUGUAUAUCAUAAAACAACGUAAUAGCUUAAAUUGAUUGCAUAGUUGAAUAAUUACAUAAAAUACAAACCAGUAUUUUCCAUUUUUGUUUGGUUCUGUUAUUAAGUUUGAAAACUUCUCUUUAAAGGAGAACUUUCUAUAAAAGAGGUCACUCUAAACCUUAGUUCCUACCAAACUUGAUUGACUAGAUAGAAUAAUUACUUCUCUGGCUAAAUUAAAGUUAAAUAUGUAUGUUUUUCUUGUGCUCAAGUGAAAA